UGCACCGGAGCUCAAGCAGCUCCGGGCUAGGCCAGGGCUGUGUGGAGCAAGGAGAGCACUCGUCCAAGAUAAUGAUUAAACUGAGCAGUGCUUGGCAUAGGCUGCUAAGCUAGCAGGGUGAGCCCUAUUCACACCUCAGCCAGGCUGUGGAGGCCAGAGCUAGUUCAGGGAGGCUGCGCCCAGAGGCCCAGGGCCCCCCAGCCAGCCCCUGCAGCCUCCUGUUUGUGAGGAGCAUCCAGAGCAUCUCAUAUACAGAAGAAUCUUUGCAGCCUACCCUUCUGGGACUCUGUUCACACCCCUGGCACCAUGAAGCUCCAGGUAUUCUGGACUGGUCUAGAGUAUACCUGCCGACUCUUGGGCAUCACCACGGCUGCAGUGUUGAUUGGAGUGGGCACCGAGACCUUUCUCCGGGGGCGGUUCAAAAGCCUGGCCUUCUAUCUGCUGUUUACAGGAGUCACCAUCUCUGUGUGUGAAGGGACCUACUUUGUGGCUCAACUGUUGGCCGUCUGCUUCAAGUGUCAGCCAGGGUCUCUGGCAUACAGAGCAAAGGAGAAGGCCCACUGGCUGGGCUGCUUCCAGAAGUUCCUCGCCUACAUGCUGCUGUCAGUGGCCUGCUUCCUCCACCCUGUCCUGGUCUGGCAUGUGACCAUUCCAGGCUCCAUGCUAAUCAUCACUGGCCUAGCCUACUUCUUGCUGAGCAAGCGAAAGAAAAGAAAGGCUGCUCCAGAGGUGGCGCCCCCCACGGAGCAGUACACAGACCCUUCCAGCAGUGUUGUGAGCACGACAGGCUCUGGGGACACUGAGCAAACCUAUACUUUCCAUGAGGCCUUCAAGGAGGGACCGGGCUCCUUCUUCAUCCACAUGAAGAACAUCCUGAAGGGGACCAAGAAGCCACGGGUCCUGCAGACCCAAGAUACCCUAAUGGAACUGGCACUGGAGCCUGCUGACUCCUUGGCCAAGAAAAAGCAGGUACACUUUGAAGACAACGUGGUCAGAAUCAUCCCAUCCCUCACUGAAGGUCUGGGUGAUAGUGACAGUGGACCAGAGGAAACCAGCUCUGACACAACCCCCAUCAUCCCUCCCUCCCAGACCCCACUCUUUCUGCCUUCUCUCAUGGCCACUGACCUGUUCUGAGCUUCUCAGCUAGAGGUCUACAGAUGGAUAGACCUGCCAGAAGACUCCUAAAGCCACAGUCCCUGCAGGGAACUCGGUCUCCAUUGGUCAGCUGCUCAUAUCCUAGUGGCGCCUAGGCAUUCAGAACAAUGAGAUAGUGUACCAAGCCAGAUCUGUGGUAACCUCCAGCAAGGCACAAAUGAAGCCUUGCCAUGUGGAGUCAACAUAGUCUCCUUCUUGGCAAGGGGUGGGAAAAGAGACCAUGGCUUCAUUCUCCACAAGGCUGCUGACCCAACUUUCUAAGCCCUAAAGGAACAGAAAACAUGAGUUCACCCUCACAUCCAACAAAGAGCUCAUCCUUCAGCAAGAACUCUAUGGUACGUUUUGCUUGGGAUACAGCCUACUGGUGCCAAAAGCCCAGGGCUAUACUGGCAGCCUAAUCAAGAUUGCCCAGGGUAAAAAUGAGAAAGGAAGAUUUGGAUCUCAAGUGAGAGCAGCCUGGCAGCGGGCUGCAUUCUCAGCAUACUCUGGGACUGGGCUGGGCAGCGGGCAUUUCAGAAUCACCCAGGAAAACAAUACCACUCUGUGCUCACUGCCAGGAAAGCUGACCGGAAGAGCAUCUCUCAUUCCAGAAGGAUAGCUCAGGGCUUCCUGCCCUCCUCUCGCCUACUCCCUAACUAACUGUAUGGGCAGUGUUCAGAGUCCAAGUAGAUGCUGUAGAUGGUCCAGUCUUGUUUUGUUUUGGAACUGUGUGGAAAUGAGGCAACCUAGAAGUUGGUGUCAGCCAGACAGAACAUUUUUUGCUAAGACUGUGAGGCGUGAAGGCAGAAAGCAAGCCAGGGGGGCUGGAGAAUGUAGGCAAGGUCUAUUCAACUCAUCCCUCAAGUCAAAAGAUAGACAUCUAAUGGACGACCUCGGGGGCAUCUGAGCCAUUCCUUUGACAUUUCCAGUGAAGGAUGUUAGACAGUGCAGUCAGAGGAAAAUAAAAUAUAUGGAAUAUGGGGUGUGGGUGGGUAUGUCCCUAUUACUAUGGGAACCUCACAGCGAGGAAGAGCAAGAAAACACUACCAUGACACCAUGAAUUUGUGUGAGGCAGGGCCAGUGCAGACCCAGAAGGUUGUUCUUAACUCCAGAUUGCAAGGCCGGAGC